GGCCGUUGCUGUGGCAGCGCGGCCGGGAAUGGCGGCGGCGCCUGAGGGGCCAUGGUGCACAUCACUGAAGAUCUUGUUAGAAGACGUGCAGAACACAACAACUGUGAAAUUUUUUCACUUGAAGAAAUUUCUUUACAUCAGCAGGAAAUAGAAAAGCUAGAGCAUCUUGACAAAUGGUGUCGAGAUUUAAAAAUUCUCUAUCUUCAGAAUAACCUAAUUCCAAAAAUUGAAAACGUGGGCAAACUAAAGAAGCUGGAAUAUUUAAAUGUAGCUUUGAACAACAUUGAAAGAAUUGAAAAUCUGGAAGGCUGUGAAGAAUUGAAGAAACUUGACCUGACAGCAAAUUUUAUUGGUGAACUGUCCAGUAUUGAAUCCCUAAAAUGUAAUAUUCAUCUAAAGGAAUUGUUUCUAGUGGGUAACCCAUGUACUGAAUUUGAAGGUUAUAGACAAUUUGUAGUGGCAACUCUUCAUCAAUUAAAAUAUUUGGAUAGUAAAGAAAUAGAACGUUCAGAGAGGAUUAAAGCACUUCAAAACUAUCCAGAAGUGAAAUGGAAAAUCAGAGAACAGGAACGAGCUUACCUUCUCAAAAGGGCCAGAGAAAAGGAAGAGGCUCAAAGAAGGAUGCAAGAAAGAAAGGAUGAGAAACAGAAACAGAUGGACUCUAAGCUUGAAUUUCACAGCCCAGACUGCCCACAGGAAAAAUCCAACCAGGCAGAAGAUGAUGGAGAGCAGGAAAGAUACAGAACAGUUGAAAAUGAUGAUGAAGACAGAAAAUUUUGGGAGGAGCCUACACCAUACACUCCAGAAUCUAGAUUAGAAACUCACAGAUACAUUGAAGAAAAACGGAAAGCUAAAGACAAUGCAAGGGAAUCAAAAAAGAGAGAGAAGACUGCUUGGACAUUGGUCACUGCAGAAGGAAGAGUUCUGAAUGUGAAUGUGCCUAAGCUUCAUUUCUCUUUGAAAGAUGAUGAAGAAAACAACCAGAUCAUCUUGGAUCUCGCUGUUUACAGACAUUUGGAAACUUCUUUACUUGAUGUUGAUGUGCAGCCAACUUACAUCCGAGUACUGGUGAAGGGAAAGCCAUUUCAGCUUGUGCUCCCUGAGGAAGUGAAGCCAGACAGCAGCUCUGCUAAAAGAUCACAAACAACUGGUCAUUUAGUUGUCACCAUGCCAAAGGCUAAAGAAAUAAUCCUGGCUAAGCAAAAAGUUUCAGCUUCAAUUAAACAUUCUGACUGCAAUACACAGCAAAAAAAUACGAGAAGGAGUGGACAAGUUGAGAAGUUAGAAGUGGAUCCUAGUAAAUAUUCAUUCCCUGAUGUGACAAAGAUAAUCCAAGAAAAGGAACAAACUGGACAGGGACCUAUAAAGCUCCAGCCACAGCAGGUUGCAGAGGUUAAGAAGAGCUGUGUUGGUUUUGAAGAUAAUGAAGAUGUUCCUCCUUUAAUUUGAAACAUUCUGAAAUAUUCCUCCUUGAAGUAGCAUGAAUGCUUGUGUUAAUUCAUGACUCUAGGUGUAAAUAAAACAAAAUAGAGCUGAAGUUGGCAAUAUCAUUCCAUUUUAUAUCAGUAACUAUUUAUCCUGGUGUUUUUGGCUGCAUUUUCUGUUAGUAUAUUGCUAUAUAAAUUCCUUUUUCUAGAUUGUUUACUUAAUAACUCUGAAAUUAGAACAGGGACCUUAUAUCAGAGAUUGUAAUUUCUUCAAAUUACUGUCUGGGUUGAGAGAUGACACAUUACUGUAGAAAAAGAGAAAAGGAAGGAAGAAAGCACUUGUAACAAGAUUUAUGAUUUUUCUCAUUAAACUAAGGAUAGGAAAAAUCUCUGUGUAUUCCUUCUGUGUUUUUAUUUUCAUGAUGGACAACAGUAGAAGAAAAGGGCAUGGUUGGAGUGAGAGAUACUGCUGUAAUCUACCAGUCAUCACUGAAUGUCCAGCAUAAUGCACAGCUCCUGGAUUCUGGAACUUGCUUAACAAUGCCACUCCUUGAAGAUUCUGGAAAAAAAUAAAGAGAAACUUCAAGAAAAACAUAUGUUGAGUGACCUACAUUACCUUCCUUAUGCAUUUGUAAUUGUUUAUAAUGGAAGAUUUCAUUUGGAAGAGAAAAUGUUUCUGAUUCAAAUCAGCUUUUGCUUUUAGUCAAGAGCAAGCAAAGACAGGAAGAAUCAAACAAUAU